CUAGGAGGGGUUUUCUGGCGGGUGUUAACUACUUGUACAUCUUGAUUGUUAUACGAAAAAACAAAAAAAGGAUGUCGUCCGAUCGCAAAGCCGUGAUCAAAAAUGCUGACAUGGCAGAGGUAUUUUCGACUUUUGAUGAUUUUCCUUCCGGAAUGAUAGCAUCUUUUCCCGACGACGUUUCCAACAUCCUAAUGCUAUCCGCUUACUACUCUGCUCAUUACACGCAAUAUCUCUGUAGUGCGACUUUAAUAUUUACCGUACUUCUCUUCCGUUCCUACUGAAGGAUCCCACCUGCUGUCACAACUCCUCUACUCACAGGACAUGCAGCAGGACGCCAUUGAUUGCGCGAUGCAAGGACUAGAAAAGUACAAUAUCGAGAAGGAUAUUGCAGCCUUCAUUAAGAAGGAAUUCGACAAGAAGUACAACCCGGUAAUAUACCUAGUAUAUGCACUUAGGUUGUUUUCGGACUCUGAUAAAUAGAUUCUGAUGAGAAGGAACUACACCAUUAGGUAUCUUCAGGAUUGUAGCUUGAUCAUUUGACAACUUGCAUCUUCUCCCUCAACAGACGUGGCACUGCGUUGUUGGGCGAAAUUUCGGCAGCUAUGUCACACACGAGACCAAGCACUUCAUAUACUUCUACCUGGGACAGGU